AUGCUGUCUAAGCAAAAAACCCGUGCAAAUUUCCUGUUGGCGAGUUCUACUGCUUCCCUGCCAUACAAGACAUGCGCAAGCUUCAUGGCUGAUCUUGUUCGUUUUCGAGGGUCAAUGACUAAUAUGACCCCAUGCCUCAACGGUCAAACUUUGGACUUGUUCGCCCUUUACAAUGAAGUAACGGGUCGUGGUGGCUCCAAAAAGACUGAAAAUGCCGAGGCUUCCAAUUUGAGCCUGCAAGUUCUGCAGAACCACCUGCGCGAUAGGUGGAACCUCAGCACCGAUCUCGUAGAGCCUGUUGAAUAUCGCUCUCUCAUUUUGGCCCUAACUUCUGGGCUGCCAAACGAAGUGGACUAUGCUAUGAAUACUAUACUGUUAAUGUCAUCUCACUCUCCGGGUCUAGAACUUAACCAAUGUCCGCAAUUGGUUUCCCUCCUCCUCUCCUCCGUAGGAGUCGUAUCAUCUGAUCCCGACUCUUAUUCUACGCUCUGGAAAUUCUGGAAGGCUCAAUGUCAUCGCAGCUUUGAGCACUUUUGGAAUACUACCAUCUGCGGGGAAUACCAACGUCAAUUCCUGGAUCCAACCUCUUUUGCGGGUAAGUGUACAUUUCUGUGA